AUGGAGGUGACGAGGCUCUUUCUGGAGCAGGGACCGACCUACAAAGCCAUCCUUUGCUCGGGGCACCUGGGCUUAGCAGACAAGAUCCAAAUUCCCAUCUUUAAAAGCAGCGCGGGUGCUCCGGCUCCCGGUGAUUGGGUGCUAUUUUGCUCCGGCACAGUUCGGCAGCUGCUGCUGUAUAUUACCCCGGAGAGCCGGAGCCAGCCGGGGGGCUGGAGGCAAGGCAGCGGUGCUCGAGCCCCAGAUGCCGACGUGCCCGUGAGCAGCGACGGGGAGAGCAGUAGAGCCCAUGGGCUAGAGGAGACGAGGACCCAGCUUGGCGUCUCUGAGAAGGAUCCAGACGAGCCUGAGCUGAGCAUGCCAGAGCCGGCACCGCUCAGCGUGGAGAAGAAGCGGGUGGAGAAGGUGGGAGCCAAAGGCAGCGCUACUGGGCCUCCAGUCCCCAAGAGCCUCCCCGUGCAGAGGAAGGUGGAGCCCCACAGCCUGGACCCUGCGGAGGAGCCGCUCCUCUGGGAAGGGCUCACUCUCAACAAGUGCAUCCUGGUGGCCUCCGUCGUCGCCCUGCUCAGCGUCACCUUCCAGGUGCUCCAAGCGCCGUGCUCCAGGGAGGGAGUCAGUCCCGGCCGGCAGGACCCUCCACCACCUCCCCUUCACGAGGUGGUCAGCGCCGAGGAGGAGGAGGUCCAAGAAAUGGUGACUGCCCAGCCUGCCCAGCCCGAGAGCAGCACGUUAGCGGACAAUGAUGGCGAUGACGAUGGUGACGACGAUGAUGACAGUGAUGCUGACAGCAACUUGGCAGAGCCCUGGAUCUUCAAGAAGUGGUUUGGCCGCUCAGCACCAGAGGACGGGGAUGAAGAGCCCACGGAUAUUCCUGAGGUGCCGCCGGCUGCAGCCGAGGUGAAGAAGAGCCGGGAGAAGAAGCUGGAGAAGAAGGAGGAGAAGGCCCGGGAGGGCCGUGCCGCCCAGGUGGAGCGGAGCAGCCGGAGGGAGGCGCGAGCCAAGGACAGGGUGGCGGGGGACAAGCCUGGCAGAGCCCCCAGGGCCCCCCGGGAACCGGAGCAGCAGCCCCAGAGGAAGCGGGGCCGGGAGGGGAAGGAGAGCCGGCGGGAGCGGGACGAGCCCAGGAAGGAGGGGUGGAAGGGCCGUCCCGGCAGGGCCGAUGGCGGCGAGGAGAGCCCGAAGCGGGACUGGCGGCAGCAGAAGGGCAGGAAGCCCUGGGAGCCGGCGGCCGCGCCAGGGAAGGACGGCACCGCCAGGCCCAGGGAGGGCAAGAGGCGCGACUGAGGCUGGGGCAACCGAGGGGCUUGAUGAUGCUGAAUCCAGGGGGGGCCAACCCCGGCACCGCCCCCGGCAAAGGCACCCUGCCGCUCCCUGCCUGCUCUCCAGAGACAUCCCUGGGCCGGCAGCGUGGGCAGCGCGGGCAGCGCUCCAGGAUCGCCGAGCAGCAGCCUGGGAGCCUGGCACGAGCCUCCCCAGGGACUUUGGGCCCCCCCUGGAUUAGAUGCACAAAGGCAACCCGAAAGGACCGGGGGAAGGAGCUUCUCUUCAUCUGGGCUUCGCGCUAUUUCUCCAUCCCCACCCAAAAAUCUCUCUUGCAGUUCAUUUUCAGUUGUGGGCACAGGGAUCCCAGCGAACAGAGUUUGUCUCCAGACUGUCUAGCUCUUCAGUUAAUGGUUUUAUUCAAAGCAAAUCAAGAGAGAAGCGUAUUCUGGGUUAACGAAACCAGGCUGCAGCCAUCCUCGGAGGCACAUCAGGGGAACGACCGCGCCGGGCCCCGGUGCCGUCACUGCCGGGUGGCGCGAAGCUUGCUGGUAACAAAACAGGGCUGGAGAGCCCAUCACCCAGGGAUCCCUUCGGGCCUUGCCUUCACAGAGUCGCUUUUAGGAAUGAAACACAAGUGCAAUAUCACGCAGCGCUGUAGCAACUACAGGAGACGUUCACAGCCCCCAGCCCACGGCAGGUUUAAGUUUUUGCUAAAUCAAUAGAGGUUAAAAUAAACUAUUUUCAUUUUUAAAAAGGUAUUAAAUUGAAUGUUUAAAAAAAAACAAAACCAAAACCCAAAAAAACCAA